GGGAACGCUCACGGAGCCCAGGCAAGGGGCGCCAUCAUUAAGUAGGGCAGAUGCGGGUUGCUUCACUAGCGGUACGGCGAUUCUCACUUGCCAUACUCCAGACCGCGGCGGAGGUUGCUCAAACGAGGCCUUUGUCCCGGUGGUCACUAACAGAGGCGUUGUGAUUACGGCGGGCGGUAGCCUGGGACUAGGCAGGGAUGUUGAGCUGAGGGUACAGGGUGACCCAGCGCAAACCCCGACAGCCCGCUCGCGGAGAUUUUAGUUGAGUUAACUAACAUGUGUUGUGCCUGAGUGGUCAUGAACCAUGGAGAGUUCUGCGGUGAGGGGAGGACUUGGAAGGGUGAGGCCACUUUUCGCGUGUAUCCUGAGUUCCAGCGGCGGCGCGCAGAGCGUCAUGGGUGGACCCAGCCUCCCUCCAAUCACAGCUCAGGGUGCCCUGGAGGGCGGGCGGAAGUGGCGUCGGGCGGUUCUGCGAUUUUCGACUGUCACCGCGGAAACCGUCUGGCGGCUGAGGAUCUUCCGUGCCGGGGUCUGGCGGUUGCGGGCGGCUGGCACUCUGCAGCUCAGGCCUUCCCCGUCUCAGGGUGACGCACGCGACACGCUCCCUCCUGGCAUUGAGAAGACAUGCCGUAACCGCCCGGAGCGUUGUGGGAGACCCGGUUUCGAUGGUCCUGUUGGGGUCGCGCUUGGAUAAGCCCCGCAGUUCCCGGUUCGUGUUUCUUACCUCCGCGGAGCCGCCCUGACGCUCUCAUCCCCAGCGCCUACUUGGUCCUGACUCGGGCAUCACCCCAGCCUCUGUCCGCAGCUCACCCGAGCGCCCAGAGCGGCGUCGGAGGUGCGCCCCACGCGGCAACUUUUCGCUUCCGCGGACCAGAUGGAGGCUGGCUUCAGCCACCUCCGGGGAAAGGUGCUGUGAAAGUAGGACAUGGGGAAGGGCCGCAGCCCCACCAGCCCAGUUGAAGCAGCCGGCCCGCGUUGCCGUCCUGAGAGAGGCCAAGAGGAAACCAUUGUGGGCACAGUGGUAGCUACUGUGGAGGGGCAAGAGGUACAGAGGUCGUCAAGGUGCAUGGUGCGAGGAGGUGGAAUGAAGACAAAUUCUCACCUUCAGGUGUCAGGGAAGGCACCCCUUGGUGGUAUUUGCCUUCGCCACAGUGCCAAGCGGGACCGGAAGUCCAUCACCUUGCAUGUGAAGUUGGAGGUGCUUCGGAGAUUUGAAGAAGGUGAAAAGUUGACACAGAUUGCUCGGACUCUAGGGCUAGCCACCUCCACUGUUGCCUCAAUCCGUGUCAACAAGGACAAGAUCCGAGCUAAUUCUCAGGCAGCUACACCCAUCAGUGCCAAGCAGCUGACCCGCUGCCGGGGUGUGGUGAUGGGUCAUAUGGAACGUCUGCUGAGCCUGUGGAUUGAGGAGCAGAAACAGCAUAACCUGCCUGUCAGCACACUGCUUAUCCAGGACAAGGCACGACAUCUCUUCGCUCAGCUGCAGCAUGAGCAGGGCAAUGGUGCCCAGGCUGACACCUUUGGGGCCAGUAAUGGCUGGUUUGCUCGUUUCAAGGCACGCCACAAUGUACUACUGACGGAUGAGCCUGCUGUGGCUGAUGCCCAGGCUGCAGCCUGCUACCUCCCAGUGCUACAUACCAUUCUGGAGGAGGGUUGCUACUCACCACGCCAAGUCUUCAACGUUGAUGAGACAGGCCUUUUCUGGAAGAGGCUGCCUGAGCGCAUGCUGCUGGCUCUGGAAGGUGCAGCCAGGCCUGGGCCCAAGGCCCCUAAGGACCACCUGUCCCUGCUGCUGGGUGCCAACGCAGCUGGUGACUUCAAACUGAAGCCCCUGCUGGUGUACCCCUCAGAGAACCCACGCACCCUCAAGGGCUGCUCCAAGGCCAGCCUGCCUGUAGUCUGGUGCUCCAACGGCAAUGACUGGCUGACACCCAACAUCUUCCAGGACUGGUUUACUGGCUGCUUCUGCCCUGCUGUGGAGAGCUACUGCGCCAGCCACGGUCUUCCACACCGUGCCUUGCUGCUCCUGGACAGUGCACCUUGCCAUCCCACCCAUCUGGGUAGUCUCUCAGCCCAUGUGCGCGUUGAGUUCCUACCCAAGAACACAUCGACCCUGAUCCAGCCCAUGAACCAGAGCAUCAUUGCUGCCUUCAAGGCCCAUUACCUACGCCUCACACUUAGCCAUUUGGUCCAGAAGAAGGCUGGUGGAGACCGGCCUUCCAUGUGGGAGUUCUGGCGCAGCUAUACUGUCAUGACUGCAGUAGACAACAUUGCCCAGGCCUGGGCAGAGCUUCAGCCCAAUACUCUGAACAGUGCCUGGAGGAAGCUCUGGCCUGAGUGUGUGCCUGCCAGUACUUUGGAGCCCGACACCGUGCCCCAGCUCCGCCGCAGCAUUGUGGCACUGGCCAGCCAUGUGGGCCUUGGGGACAUAGCAGAGGCCGAUGUUAUCAGCCUGCUGCAGGCCCAUGUGGAACCCCCACCUUUGGGGAAACCCCCAGGUUGCAAAGGAUGGAGAUACUAACAGUUCUGGGCUGCCCUGGGAAGCAAGGAAAUGCCUACCCUCCAAAACACCAGAACUGGAUUUCUCUGAAGCCACAGUGGGUGUGGGGACUGAGGAAGCUGAUGUGGGUGCACUGAGCCCUCAGCACCUGGCCCAGGCCCUGUCCCACUUCACUGCUGGCUUGCAGGUCCUCAUGGAGAAUGAUCCCAACCAGGAGUGCAGCCUGAAAGUAUCCUGGAGUGUCCACUGUGCCCUUGCCCACCUCUGGGAACUGCACUGGGAAAGGAGGCGACAGGCUCGGGCAGCUGCAUCCUCAGCAGGUCCUGAGGUGGUGGCCACAAGGGAGUUGGCAGGAAGUCUGCGCUAACCUACAGAGGGUGGGCAAGUGGCUAAGGACACAGGCCCUGAAGGACAGACCUCUGCAGCUGGCCUGCAUGGCUUGGGGCUUGAGCCUGACCUCAGAUGAGCACUGUUGAAUGACAUUUUGUUUCUGGAGAGCAGAUACUGCCACUUCUCCCUCAUGGUUCUCAUAUCUUACAUCCUGUGGGUUUUUUAAUUUUUGUAAAAAUUUUUAAAUUUAAUUUUAGAAAGAGGGGAAGAGAAAUAGGGAGAGAAACAUCAA